AUGGCUGAAGAACUAAAACCCUACAGAUACCUCAUCGACGGAAUGUCUGCGGACCUGAAAACCUACCGAGGCAGCUGCCACUGCGGUGCCUAUGUCUACGAGGCAAAGAUGCCUCAUGCCUUCAAAGUCCUCGAGUGCAACUGUAGCUCAUGCUAUAAGAAGGGAGCUUUAUGGGUCGUCCCUGAGCCGGGCAACAUCCGCUUCGUCAAAGGCGACGUCAAUACUCUGGCAAACUAUACAUUCGGGGAGAAGACAAUCAACCAUAAGGCUCUUCAACUCUUGUUUGUCGGAGACGAGACACUUCCCAAGCCCGGCGAAGAGCCAAGAAUGGGAGCAAAUGUCCGAUCGUUUCAGCAUGGCCAAGGCGUCGACGUAUGGAACAUCAUGAAAUUCUAUGCGAAUAACAAGGAAUUCAGGGGGCCUUAUAAGGCGCCCAAGUUCACAGGACCAGAACCGAAAGCCGUGAUAGAAGGUGCAAAGAUCUAUACCGGUAGCUGUCACUGUGGUGCAGUGAGACUGGCAUUAAAAUCAAAGCCUCUCGAUAAGAGUUUCGAGGAGCCUGUCUCCGAAUGCAACUGCAGCUAUUGCAACAGGAUGGGUUAUGUAUGGCUUUAUCCUCAAAAAGACCAGGUCGAGAUUGAGGGUGAAGAAAACAUCGCGUACUAUAAAUUUGGCACCAAGCUAUUCGCAAAGUCUUUCUGCAAGACAUGUGGAAUAUCGAUUCAUAAUCAUAUUCCACCGGUCUCUGAGGAGGAGCUCAAUAAACUACCCGAAGACCAGAGGGAGUUCAUUAAGAGAGCGUUUGCGUUUACACCCAUCAACCUGAGGGCUUUGAACGGCUUAGACGUCGGCGAUUUGAACGUGAAGCAGGUGGAUGGCUAUAGCCGCCCGCCACUUUAUGUUGAGCCAUGA